AUGUCCAAGCGUGCUGCUGCUGAUCUUCCCACCUCCUCGGCCAAGGCUAGUCGCAAUGGCUUGACGCGUGAAAGCGCGGUCGCAAAUGAUGAGAUGGGCGAGUUUGAGGAUGCCUGGGAGGACGAGAUCGAGGACGACGUGAUCAGCGAGGAGGAUGCUGAUGAAGGAAUGGAUGUGGACGAUGUGAUGCCCCCUAUUGAAGAGUCUGAGGAGAAACCUUCCGCACCGAAUGUUUUCCUUCCGGGCGUUCAUCAAUUGGGAAAAGAUGAGAUCCUCGAACCCGACGACUCUGUGUAUAUCAUACGACAUUCGAUGAAUGUCAACUGGCCUUGUCUGUCGUUUGACGUGCUACGUGACAAUCUUGGGGACCAGCGACAGCGAUACCCUGCGACAGCUUACCUCGUUGCUGGGACCCAAGCAGACGUCGCAAAAAAUAACGAGCUGACAGUAUACAAGCUGAGCUCUUUGCACCGGACACAAAAAGAUGGAGAUAGCGACGACUCAGACGAUGAAAACGACGACGACGACAACCUGGACGAAGACGCCAUACUCGAAUCCCGCUCGAUACCGCACAUGGGCGGCGUGAAUCGCGUGCGAGUCCAACCACUUCCCGCAUCGCAGCCUCUUCCUCCAGCCUCUCAGCCUUACCAUGUCGCGACUUGGUCUGAGACGGGAAAAGUGCAUAUUUGGGAUGUCCGACCGCUGAUCGAGUCACUGGAUGUCCCAGGUUACACGUAUGACAAAACCCGCACGCAAGCGCCCGUCUUUACUGUCAGCUCCCACGGGAGAGCAGAGGGCUUCGCUAUGGACUGGGCUUCAUCUGGCAGUGCGAAUCCUUCUGGUCUUCGCCUACUGACCGGAGACGUUCACUCCAAGAUUUAUUUGACAACAUCUACCUCGUCUGGUUUCAACACCCUCUCGCAGCCGUUUACUUCACACACGUCCAGCAUCGAGGAUCUUCAAUGGAGUCCUUCUGAACCGACGGUGUUUGCAUCGUGCUCAGCGGAUCAAAGUGUAAGGGUCUGGGACGUGCGAAGUCGAGGAAGGCAAAGCGUGGCAGGGAUAGAUGCGGCACAUAGCAGUGAUGUCAAUGUUAUCAGCUGGAAUCGGAGCACCUCGUAUCUUCUGGUCAGUGGCGGAGACGAGGGGGGCCUUAAGGUGUGGGACUUGCGGAAUAUAAAAAAGCAGGGUGCUGCCACAUCGGACCCAACACCCGUAGCCUCCUUUACCUGGCAUCGUGGAGCCAUCACGUCGGUCGAAUGGCAUCCCACGGAAGAUUCAAUCUUUGCAGCAUCGGGCGCCGACGACCAAAUCACUUUGUGGGAUUUGGCGGUAGAGCAGGACGAUGACGAAACUGGUGAGAUGGAUGCGACACCGGAAGGAGGGCACGAUGUCCCACCCCAACUCCUCUUUGUUCACCAGGGACAAAAAGAUGUCAAGGAGGUGCAUUGGCAUCCCCAGAUGCCGGGUACGGUCAUCAGCACGGCGCUCGAUGGAUUCAACAUCUUCAAGACAAUCUCUGUAUGA